AUGGCAAAUGACCCUCAAUUGACUCAGGCUCAAGUGCAGCAGGCACAGCAACAGACACAUGCAUUCAGUCUCCUCUCCCCAGGUGCAGGAACUGGUGGUGGAACUUUGGCAGUAUCGUCACUUGGAAGUCAAGCUCAAGUCAUUCAGAUCCAACCCACACAGCAAUCAAGUCCGAAUUCGGGGAUUCCCACUCUCACUCUAAACCCUCAGUUUCUUCAGCCCAUCACAAUAAAUGGUCAGGAAGGAUUUAUCAUUUCUGCAGCCAGUCAACCCCAAAUGACAGCAGGUCAGGCAGUGGUGAUGGCUAAUGGACAAGUGAUUCGUACUCUUGGGAAUCAAUCUCAGCAGAUUCCCAUGCGUUCAAAUGUCAUCCCAGUGCAAAUGCCCCUUUCAUCAACAAUACAAGUGCAGGUUCCUGUGUCCAUAUCAGGACAGACAGUGUAUCAGACAAUACAUGUUCCUGUUCAUGCCAUGGCUGCUCCAGCAGGGGUUCCAACAUUGGUGCAGACUUCAAAUGGGCAGGUGAUUGCCCAGAUGAUCCAAAUGCCAAACCCAGGCACAGUGAACCCGGUUGUUGUGACCCAGCUUCCAAAUGGACAGACCCAAGCAAUUCCAAUAGCACUUCCUCAAGGGACACAAGUGACCCUAUCGCCUUUGGUAGUGCCCGCCUCAUGCUCAUCCUCAUCAGUUCUACAAGGAACAGGAGUAUCAGCAACAACAUGUACCUGGACCACUGCAACUGCCACCACACCGUCUGUGAGUCAAAGCCCAUCCUCUUCACCCUCUGAUUGUAGUCAUGUUAGCAGCAGCUCGACUCCAGAAGGAGCGAGUCAAAAUUAUAUUACACAGGACCAUCAACAGGGUGAACAAACUAAUGAAAAAUCCACCAGCCAUAUGGUUGCUGGUAGUGAAGUGGGCUCUGGUGGUACUGAUAUAAUACAGCAUCAAGACACAAAUCAUCAGCAUGCUCAAGCAGAAGCUCAACAGCAAGACACAUUACAACUACAGCACCAUGAUGCUGGUCAGACUACUGCAACUGUGGAUUUAACCCAACUAUCAACUCUUCAGCAGGCCAUUGGAAGUGGACAGAUCAGUGUAAUUCCACUUUCAAAUCUGGUCUCAGUGGCAAGUGCUCAAAAGCCUGGAGAAAUGACUCAAGUCAUGCAAAACUUAGGUGGAAUACAAGUGAUUCCUGUUUCAACUCAGACAGAAGGUGGAAUCUCACUUCAGCAUGCUGUGCAGCCAAUACAAGUAGAAACCAAUAGAUUGAAUGUUAUGGGUACAUUCACUGGUCAAGGAACAAGUGCUUCUGCAACAGGGACAGGCAAUGAGACAAGGACCAAAGUAAAACGAAUGCAGUGUACCUGUCCCAAUUGUGUCCAUGGAGUGAACAAAUCCAUAGAAGGUGGACCCAAGCUGCACAUCUGUCACAUCCCAGGCUGUAAAAAAGUAUAUUCAAAGACAUCUCAUUUGAGAGCUCAUCUCAGGUGGCAUGCUGGGGAGAGGCCUUUUGUCUGCAACUGGCUAUUUUGUGGGAAGAGCUUCACUCGCUCUGAUGAGCUCAACCGCCACCGCCGAACUCACACUGGUGAGAAGAGGUUUCAGUGUCCCAUCUGUAAUAAGCGGUUCAUGCGAAGUGAUCACUUCUCAAAGCAUGUUCGUAUCCACCAGAAAAAUAGUCAUUCUGGCAUGCCCGAUUCAGGUUCCUCCCAAUCAGAGAAUGUGCCUCAAGAAGUAACUAAUGAGGAAGACAUCAAGCCAUUCCAAGGUGCUGUUGGAGAUUAA